GGGCCGCACGCGGCGGGGAGGGGAGGGGCAAGAUGGCGCCCGGCGAGUGAGGCUCCCCCAUCCCCGCAGCCGCCCUUGAGCCACCGGGGCGGGGGGUCCUGCCCUCGCCGGCUCCCUUCCUCCUCUCCCCCGCCCCGGAGACCUCCUCCUUCCCUUGCUCCCUCCACCUCGGGGGGCGGGCCCGGUUCCCGGGACACCAUGUCGGACUCUGAGGAGGAGAGCCAGNNNNUUAAACAAAAAUUCAUUCUGGUAUUCUCUGCAUCAUUUUUUUAGACCUCCCUAGCUACCUAUUUUGCUCAAGAAACUUUUGGGAAACAGUACAAACAAACUAUAGGACUGGAUUUCUUUUUGAGAAGGAUAACAUUGCCAGGAAAUUUGAAUGUUACUCUUCAAGUUUGGGAUAUAGGAGGGCAGACAAUAGGAGGCAAGAUGUUGGAUAAAUAUAUCUAUGGAGCACAGGGAAUCCUCUUGGUAUAUGAUAUUACAAAUUAUCAAAGCUUUGAGAAUUUAGAAGAUUGGUGUACUGUGAUGAAGAAAGUGAGUGAGGAGUCAGAAACUCAGCCACUGGUUGCCUUGGUGGGCAACAAAA